UUGAAAACGGAGUCGUGUGGUGAACGCCUGCGUGUCCCUUUUAAAACAAAUCCAGCGACUGUCAAUCAUCGCGCAUUCCGACCAAUCCCAAAGCACCGUUUUUUAAAAGCAGGUUUGCCUGCUGUGCUUUUAUAUUGCAGUAUGGCCUGGUUCGGAGCAUUUUACUACCACGGUUAUUGCCACAAAUCAAGAGGGCAAAGUGAACGGCAUGGGACUCACACCAAUUUUAACGGGUCCGACUCCUGCGUCUGAGAGGUUUUCAGGCAAUAAACUGCACAUGCAGAUGAUGCAGCAGAGAAAAUGAGGAAGAGGUUUGUAGGUAAAUCUUAAACGAUAAGGUUGGUUGAUUUGCCAGACCCUCAGCCAAACAUGCAACAAAACAUGACAAGCUUGUCGCGGUUUAGUGGCUGCACUCUUUCUUGCGUCAACCCUGGGGAGAGCAAUACUGAACCCAGCGUGGUGCUGCCACCUUUGGCAGAGGAGCACAUGGGGCACCCCUCUGGCACUUCCUUAAAACUCUGCCCCACGCAAAAUUUGCGAGACUACCACGAGACGAGGGCCAGUGCAUAUGUUGACCACUCGGUUACCCAUUUUCCAGACACUGGAUACACCAGUCACCGAUUAGAACCCAGUCAUAGGGGCAUUAUCAUUGGAACCAAUCUUUCAGGAGCAGGCAUGGCACCAGGAACUGAUCAGCUGGCUCCGAGACCUAACCAACAUGGCACUAUUGGAAGGUACCGUGACCUCCACAGCUACAGGGAUGGUAGGAGCCACGCAUUCUUCACUACGUAUCAAGAGCAGGCCCAUGGCUCGACAGACGCAACCCGAGAUCUCAGCAGCCAAAUGAUGUUGGGUCUUCCGGGAGAUAUUCUCUCACGAACGCAUCCGUACGGGCAGUCGCUCAGUUGCCCCAGGGCCAACAGCCAGCAGCUAGUCACCCAGUUUUUGGAGUUCUACAAGCCUCUGAAUAUGGCCAUGCAGCGAGGUGGGGGUGAUGCCUUCCUCAGGUGCUCCAGGCAGAAUCCAAAGCUCGAGUUGAUCUGUAAGUGGAGUGACGGCCAGGACGGCACUGGCAAACCGCCCUGCGCCAGGAAUUUUGGUACCAUGUAUGAACUUGUCACCCAUGUGACGGUCGAGCAUGUCGGAGGACCGGAGCACUCUGAUUAUGUUUGUCACUGGGAGAAUUGCCCAAGAGACAGGAAGCCUUUCAAAGCCAAAUAUAAGCUUGUCAACCACGUCAGAGUCCACACAGGAGAAAAACCCUUUCCCUGCCCUUUUCAUGGAUGUGAAAAAGUUUUUGCCAGAUCUGAAAAUCUCAAGAUACACAAGAGAACUCAUACAGGUGAGAAACCGUUUAGAUGUGAAUUUGAGGGCUGCAAUCGGAGAUUUGCAAACAGCAGUGACCGGAAGAAGCAUUCUCACGUUCACUCCAGCGAUAAACCCUACACGUGCAAGGUCAGAGGCUGUGAAAAAUGUUACACCCAUCCCAGUUCACUGCGCAAACACAUGAAACUGCAUUGCAAGGCCUACAUUGCCAAAAUCGGCGAAGACGAUGAGCACCUUGUUGAGGCCAGGUCUCCUGAGGUGGCACAACAACAAGACACGUCCGCCUCUGUGGCAGUGACGCGAACGAUGACUGCCCCAUCCCAAGAGACUCUGUCCCCUGAGACACGAAAUGAGUCAACUAUGAGGUCACGUUACCACCACACGUUUGAAAACACUUUGGACUAUACGACACAUAGGUCACAGUCCAUUUUGGACCCUCUGUUGCUACAACGGGGAUCAUAUAGACCCGAGUCUGUACAAUACCCGUGCAAUCAACCGUUCGCAUCCAGCCAUAGAACAUUUACAUCCAACUCAACUUUUCAAAAAAGUAUUGUGAAUGGCUGGUACACAUGUCAUAACGCAGUGGACACUUUUUCACCCAAGCACUGUAGCAGUGAUUUAUAAUGCCUGUAACCCAAAGCGAAGCAAGUGGGUAGGGCAGGCUUGUGUUAAGGUACGAAUGAUAGACACUGUUCCACAAGCUGACUAUAUAAGAUUUGUUAAUGUGAGCUUUAUCUGUUGUAUAUUAUGUUAUUGUAUUGAUGAAUUCUAUUGUUGAGUUUUACAAACUGUAAAUAGCUUUAACUUGGUCCCGCGUUCAGCCAAAAUAUUGAUUAGAAUAAAUAUAUGCUUCUAAAAUGUCGUUCAUCUGACAAGGAGAAAAAAAUCUACAAACAAAAUGCUUGCAGAAAGAUUAGAAUGUACAUGUCAACAUUAUUAAGUUAUUUCUGCACACGAUGAAAAAUGGCGCGUUAUUUCGACGUACUUUUGUGAUAUUAGAAAGAAUCGAUUUAUCUUUAUAAGUGUUUGAAAUAUGAUGGCGCGUACAAUUUUGCGUACAAUUUUUAAUCUAUUUUCUGUUUACAUAAUAGAUAUAGGUCGAAUAUUUACACACUGAGUGAAUGUAUUUAACUAUAUGUGUUGGUGAACGAUCAGUGGGUAAAUCUUUUAACUCAAAAUAUUAUUUAAAAAUUUUGCUCUGCGUCCUCAGUGUAUUUUAUACCUGAUAAGACUUCUAUAGAAAUUUUUGGCCUACUGUCCCAGAUUUAAGUCUUCUUCACAAAAAGUAAAUUGUUUAAAUAAAAUUUUACUGUAAAAUGUAUUAUGCAUUCAAAGUUUCAUUAAAGUGUCUUUAUUCUCUUUGAUCAGGCAUGUGUGAUUAAGCAUGUUUGUUCAGACAUGUGCAUUCUCAAAGAAAACGUGCCAGAGUACAAUACAAAGCUUUUGGAAUGUAUCUCCAUAGGCUAUAUUUAUUUUGCGAGUUUACGUUCAUGGAAUAAAAAUCAAAUACGCCAAAAUGAGAAAAGAUUGUUCUUUUUAGUCACAUUCAGACCAGUGGCUUAAUUAAUUUGUUUUUUAUGUAAACCUACAUUUUUUAAAUAGUGUUCCGUGAAAGUAAUUGUAUGCUGAUGCUGCUACCCAGUCUCACGAGGUUUCGUGAUAUCAGGUAGCCUAUAAGUCGUUUAUCCGAAUGCUAUGUGGUAGCUUUGUUUAAUUAUAAACUUUUCAGCUUUGUAAUGUAACUGGAACGUGCAAUAGUCGAAAUAAAUGCGUAAUCAAGAAUAAAGGCCUAGGAAUGAUCGCACUGCGAAGUUAAGUCACUGUGCCCUUAAACUUAACACCAAAACUGUGACGUUGCACGAAUGCGUAGAUUUUAAUUUUUUAACUUUCUCAUUUUCGUAGAGCUUCUGAGAGGGUUUUACUUUUCGCAUAAGAGCUGACAAUGGGCAUAAAUCCUGUUUCGUCGAGUAUUGUCGGCUUUAAUCUUACUUAUGCUGUCAAGAACCAAAUGGUACAAUUGGAUAAGGAUGGUUGUGCCUGGCAUCCCCACCUCUCUCAGCAUUACAGUUGCACAACCAAAUGUUGAUUUCAUAUUAUUAGUUAAGUCUCAUACUAGUCUCCACCUUUUGGCUUGAUUAGAAUUUUUAAAUUAUGAAUGUAUAUAGCUUCAAAUGGUUUUUCAAAAGGGUGAAAAAUGAAAAUUUCUGCCUAAAUUUGUAUAGUGGCCUGAAUUUACUGUUGAAAUGAUCCUGAUAGGUAUUGAUAUUGAAGUAGUUUAGUUUUGCAGUUUUUAUGUCGUGGUGCAGUAGUCGGAUAAACUGUAAGGCUGCAUUUUUAAUUUGUAAUUUACACAAGUCGGUUGGCUUUAUGUUGUGAAGCUUCUACCACUUAUGAUCAAAAUGAAGCACACUUUAAAAGACUCAUUUCCCCCUAGUUGGUUAUUACAAUAAUACAACUCAUUCAUAGUUUAAAGGCCCAAUUCCCACUAUCAAGGAUGGUGCCUUAUGCAGGCACCAAUCAUUACCACCUACUUAUAGAGAGAAACUGCAGAAAAUGUAGGGACCACAGAACACAACAACCUCUGUGUUUUUAUUUUGUUGCCAAAUUGUUACAAAUUCUUUUGAAUCAAGGGAGCUUUAACCUGGCUUUCAGAGUCAAAAAAGGAGAUAUGAAAAAUCUUCAAAAAACAAAAAUAUGAUACAUUUAAACAUGUCUCUGUGCUGACAUAUCAUAUCGCCAGUGCCAGAUUAUGUUUACAUUUAAUUGUUUAAGUGUUUGUUAUGAAUUGCAUUUGCAUUGAAUUUGUAAAUCAUAAAAAGUGUACGUUUUUUUUAAGGAAACAAAGCAAAUUGCUGUUGCUGAUGUACAAUUAACUUUGAGUUAAGGAAUUCAUCUUUUAUAUGAUAAUUAUAUAGUUAAAGUGGAUGUUUAACAUAUUAUACAGAUGUUUGCAUUUGCUCGUAAUGUUGAAUGUUGAUGGUGUGAGGUCAAAUUGUAAAUUAGAAGUAUUACAACUGAUCAGAACUGAUGAUAGUUUAACUUUGUUGAGGUACCUCAACUUUUUUAACCUCAACAAAUCAUUAAAGCAUUCUUGCACACUAUAAUAUACAUUUGAAACAAGUAUGAUAAUGAAACGUUAAAUACUGUAAUUAAGAAAAUGACUUUAAAAUAAGCGGGGAAAAUAAAUAUCAUAACAUAUAAUUUAAAUAUUGAUUAAUCAAAUUAAACUUUUUUUUACAUUUCAGUUGGAAAUAUCUUAUUUUAGAACAGUGCUACUGGUAAGAAAUUAAAUGCUAUUUACUACCAUGUAAUAUAUUUUCCCAAACAACCCAGUCUUAGUCAAAAUACAAAAUGCAAGAUUAUAUGAUUUUUGGACAUCUGCUUAAAUGCUUUAUAUUAUCAGCAGACAUUGGAUGGUAUAAUGCUAAAGUAUUUUUGUCAUAAUGUUAAACUCCUACUUAAAGGUAAUGUUACUGCAUGUAAUAUUGUAACCAUAUGUAGACUAUUAUAAUGCUAUCGCUUUCUUAGUUAACAUACUCACAUUCUAAAUAUUGUUAGUUGUACUGUAUUUAAACUUGUAAUUUUUGUUUCACUGACAUUUGCAAGUUUGCUUCAUAUUGACCGUAUGUCUGCCAGUACGUUUAAAAUACUUCUUGGUUUAUGUUUUUACAGAAAUUUACUUUCUAUUACAUACGAAACAAAUUCCAGUAUUUGUUUUAAUGCUAAUUUGCUAUCUUACAAGUUCACGGUGGUGUGCAUAUUGGACAGUCUCCCCAAGCUUUUCUUUGACCCUUUCAGAGGUAAUAUUUAGGUAUGGUAAAAAUAUCUCGACUGUACACUAUUAUUGACCAAGCAAGUGACAAUGAUAGCUGUAUGACCACACCCUCAUUUGUUUAUAUUGAGGUUUGUGUUGCUGUGAACAGGAUGCAACCUCUUACCAGUUUGUCGCCUUAUACCAUUUUUCAUAAAGUGCUUUCUGCCUAGCAACAAGAAUGCCCGGCGUAGGUUAGUUUGGAUUUUUGGCAUUUUUAAAAUGCGUAUGUUCAGCACUUAUAUUUUUUCCAUACCAAUUUUUUCCAUACCUAGUGUGUCAUAGGCUCUUUGGUUUUAACCAAUCAUUGCUUACACAGAUUGUAACCAAUCCAGAGCUAUAUGAUCUCAAUAUCGUCAACUUUCCACCUGCUCUGAACUGACACAUCUAGCAGGAACUGUGUUACGUCAGCCUGGUAAGGGGCCGGUGCCUUUAUAUGGGCCGAUGGGGUGUGAUUUUAAUUGGAUUCCUGCCUU